AGUAAAGUCCCUUUUCUUCCGCUGCUGGAAGUGCGAACUCACCCGGCCUGUCUGAAGCAAUAAACAUGGCGUCUAUAUGGGAAGAAACGGAGGCAGAUGGGUUGGGAGAAGAGGUCCUCAAAAUGUCCACGGAAGAGAUAAUCCAGAGAACUCGGCUGCUGGACAGUGAAAUCAAAAUCAUGAAAAGUGAGGUUUUGAGAGUCACCCACGAGCUGCAAGCAAUGAGAGACAAAAUAAAAGAAAACAGUGAGAAAAUCAAAGUGAAUAAAACCCUCCCAUACCUGGUGUCCAAUGUCAUAGAGCUCCUGGAUGUCGAUCCUAACGAUCAGGAAGAGGAUGGAGCUAACAUUGAUUUAGACUCUCAGAGAAAGGGAAAGUGUGCUGUGAUUAAAACCUCAACUCGACAGACCUACUUCUUGCCAGUCAUUGGUUUGGUCGAUGCAGAGAAACUGAAGCCUGGAGAUCUUGUGGGAGUGAACAAAGAUUCUUACCUUAUUUUGGAGACUCUUCCUACGGAAUAUGAUUCUCGUGUGAAGGCCAUGGAAGUGGACGAGAGGCCCACCGAGCAAUACAGUGACAUAGGAGGUCUGGAUAAACAGAUCCAGGAGCUUGUUGAGGCCAUUGUACUGCCCAUGAACCACAAGGAAAAGUUUGAGAAUUUAGGAAUUCAGCCCCCUAAAGGUGUUCUUAUGUACGGCCCCCCUGGAACUGGGAAGACCCUGCUGGCUAGAGCAUGUGCAGCUCAGACUAAGGCUACCUUUCUGAAGCUUGCCGGCCCACAGCUAGUGCAGAUGUUUAUUGGAGACGGUGCCAAACUGGUGCGAGAUGCUUUCGCUCUGGCCAAGGAGAAAGCACCUUCUAUCAUUUUCAUUGAUGAACUUGAUGCUAUUGGCACAAAAAGAUUUGACAGUGAGAAAGCAGGAGACAGGGAGGUGCAGAGAACAAUGCUUGAGCUUCUUAAUCAGCUUGAUGGAUUUCAGCCAAACAUGCAAGUCAAGGUGAUUGCCGCUACUAAUCGUGUGGAUAUCCUGGAUCCGGCACUGCUGCGUUCUGGGCGUCUAGAUCGGAAGAUUGAGUUCCCCAUGCCCAAUGAAGAGGCCAGAGCACGUAUCAUGCAGAUCCAUUCCCGUAAGAUGAAUGUCAGCCCUGAUGUGAAUUAUGAGGAGCUGGCUCGCUGUACCGACGAUUUCAAUGGCGCUCAGUGCAAAGCAGUUUGUGUGGAAGCCGGAAUGAUUGCUCUGCGCAGAGGAGCCACUGAAUUAACACACGAGGAUUAUAUGGAGGGCAUCUUAGAAGUCCAGGCCAAGAAAAAAGCCAAUUUACAGUACUAUGCAUAAAGCACAGGUGGGAAAUCAGUGGGAGGAUCUGCUACGUGUUGAAGCUUUGUUUGUUACAGCAAGAAAUAAACCCGACCAUUAAAUG